AUGGCUGGCGGAGGUGCGAACAUAAUCGCGUCGAACAGACGCAAGACUCUGGCAGGCCCUUCUGGCUGGGCGGGCCUUCUUGCCAACGCCAGGAUCUUCUUCAUCGCGGGCGUUUUUUCCGGCGUACUCAACAUGACGUCUUUUAUCAACCGGAUGGGGAGCGCCGCUACAGACCCGGGAACCAAGGGAUGGCUCACCGCCAUCCUCGAGCUCGGCGCGUGGGUUGGCGUGCUCUUCAGUGGUUACCUUGCCGACAAGCUUUCUCGCAAGUACACCAUCGUUCUCGCUGUGAUUGUAUUCUGCAUCGGCGUCAUCGUGCAGACGUGCGCGUUCAAAGCCGACUCGAUAUUCGCAGGUCGGUUCAUCACCGGUCUCGGCGUCGGUUCGCUCAGUAUGGCUGUUCCUCUGUACAACGCGGAGCUCGCUCCACCAGAAGUCCGUGGUAGUCUUGUCGCGCUCCAGCAGCUUGCGAUUACCUUCGGAAUCAUGGUCUCCUUCUGGAUUGACUACGGCACAAAUUUCAUAGGCGGGACCGGCGAGACCCAGAGCGAAGCUUCGUGGCGCAUUCCUCUUGCGUUGCAGCUCGUACCUGCCCUCAUCCUCGGAGUAGGGAUCCUUUUCAUGCCAUUCUCCCCUCGAUGGCUGAUCAACAAGGGACGCGACGAUGAAGCGCUCCAGAUCCUCAGCCGCGCACGCCGUCAGCCUCCUGACUCAGACCUCGUCCAGAUCGAGUUCUUGGAGAUUAAGGCGCAGCACAUCUUUGAGCAGGAGUUGGCUCAGACCAAGUAUCCCCAGCUUCAAGACGGGUCCUUCACGUCAAACUUCAAGCUCGGAAUGUACGAGUACCUGAGUCUCCUGACAACUCGCUCGCUCUUCGUUCGUGUCGUCAUCGGUUCUUUGACAAUGUUCUUCCAGCAAUGGACGGGUGUAAACGCGAUCCUUUACUACGCCCCAUUCAUCUUCAAGGACCUCGGCCUGGCAGACAACAGCACGUCGCUCCUUGCCACAGGUGUCGUUGGGAUUGUUAUGUUCCUGGCGACCAUCCCUGCUGUCAUCUGGGUCGACCAGUCCGGCCGCAAGCCGAUCCUCAUCUCGGGCGCCUUUCUCAUGGCCGCUUGUCACAUCAUCGUCGCCAUCUUAACGGCUCUCUUCCAAGAUAACUGGGAAGCACACAGCGCUGCGGGUUGGGCAGCUUGCGCCCUCGUGUGGGUGUUCGCGAUUGCCUUUGGCUACUCCUGGGGACCUUGCGCUUGGAUCCUUGUUGCCGAGAUCUGGCCGCUCUCGGUUCGUGGCAAGGGUGUUUCCAUCGCUGCGUCGUCGAACUGGAUGAACAACUUCAUUGUCGGUCAAGUCACGCCCACCAUGCUUACUAACAUCACCUUCGGGACGUUCAUCUUCUUCGGGGCGUUUUCGUUUGCCGGCGGCAUUUUCGUCUGGCUUUUCGUGCCCGAAACCAAGGGUCUCACUCUUGAGGAGAUGGACGAGAUCUUCGGCUCCGUCGGAAUGGCGGCAAGUGAAAUGCAGCGACUUGAGGAGAUUGAGCGACGGAUUGGUCUCGACGCUUACAACGAUGGUGGAAGUCCCACUGAGAAGCGGUCGCACGAGGAUCAUCUGGAGAAGGCAUGA